AUGGCUUUUGCAAAGGAGCAAGCACCGAAAGAGUCGACGAGGCCGCAUUCGAUCUACGACACCAUUUCCCUCGAGCUUUUCGGCUAUAAAGGCCAUCGCCACACUUCUUCAUUGCUCAAUGAGGUGAGCUACUGCGAGGGGCUCCCUCCGAUCCUCGCCGACACUAGCAACUCGUCUUCUAGUGCAUCGUUCGCGCUCGGAGUGCUCAACUCUCCACCGCAAGAAGCACACUCCGGCUUGAGCAGCUCGAAGACGAAGUCUGAUAGUUGUUGGGCCUACUCGACAUCUUCGGUGCUCAGCUUCGACCUAGGGGAUCAAUUUCCGCAUAGUAGUUACGCGAAUCACAACGACCAAGAGGAGGAAUGUGAUGUGUGGAUCAAUGCAAUGGAUCAAAAUCACACCAUGAAUCAAUCUAGCUUUGAGUAUUCUUGGAUUGUUCACGAUCAUAGUUACGAGACGAGAAGCGCCGCAAAGGAUGACGCGUACGGAGAAGAGCAAUUUGCGUUGCUACAUCCGAGUUCGAUCUCCAUGAACGGCGCGCAAGAGGUUUCGCGGCAAGACAAGCUCUCUCAAAAGCGCCCUUAUGCGGGUGAUCACGAGAUGCCGACUCCGAAGAAGCAACGCGGAAUCAACAGGAACACAAAGACGAAGCCUACGCCACCGAAGGAUCCACAAAGCGUUGCAGCAAAGGUUCGGAGAGAGCGCAUUAGCGAGCGCCUCAAGAUUUUGCAAGAUCUUGUGCCUAAUGGAACAAAAGUUGAUUUGGUUACAAUGCUCGAGAAAGCCAUAAAUUAUGUGAAGUUCCUCCAAUUGCAAGUGAAGGUGUUGUCGACCGACGAGUUUUGGCCUGCGCAAGGGGGAAAAGUGCCGGAUAUUUCACAAGUUAGGGAGGCCAUUGAUGCCAUUUUGUGCUCUCAAAGAGACAUGAGCUCAAACUCUAAGAAGUGA